AUGUCGGCACCUUUAACCCUUUUUGGAAAAGUUGCACUCGUGAGCGGCUCUUGUACUCCCGGCAUAGGCGCCGCUAUUGCUCGAGAACUGGCGAGACGUGGAGCCUCAGUCAUUGUCAACUACCCAUACGAUGGCGAACGCGACAAUGCAAUCAAAGUAGUCCAAAGUCUCGACAAGCACUCUCACUCAAUUACGAUCAAGGCAGAUUUGUCGACGGUUGAAGGACCUGAGAUUCUGGCAAAAGAAGCUGCGGCUGCGUUUGGCAGAAUCGACAUCCUUGUCAACAACACGGGUGUGGCACUAGCACAUAACAUCGACGAUCCCGACGACGCAAAAGUCCUAAGCAUAAUGCAGAAAAUGCUAGAUAUAAAUAGCCGGGGAACCUACCUCCUUACGCGAGCGGUGCUUAAAGUGCUCUCGCGUGAGAACUCCCGCAUUGUCAAUAUCAGCAGUGGCUCGUCUCGUUCACCUGGCACGGGUUUGAGUAUGUAUGCUGGCACGAAAGGUAUGAUUGACGCCUUGACACGGUCAUGGGCCAAAGAGCUUCCACGUAAAUACGGAUGCACCGUCAAUGCCGUUGCCCCCGGCGUUACCGGCACUCAGAGUUUCUAUGAAGCGUCGCCUCAAUUCAGAGAAUUCUUGCAGCCUCAUAUCGACGAUACGCCUGUUGCUCCUCGUGUAGCAAGACCCGAAGAAGUUGCGUGGGCAGUUGCCAUGCUUUGCGAAGAAGAAGCAGGCUGGAUCAACGGCGCGUAUCUGCCCGUCGGCGGAGGAUCUACCAUGGUCUAA